AUGAAAUAUUGCCAAAAUGAAAGUAUAUCGAAGCCAUUGGUAACAUGGCAUAAGGACGUCACUAGUAGUGAAAAAAGCAGAUUAGAAAAAGAUGAAUGUGAAUGUGUUUCCAGCAAAAACAAAACAAAUGUUGCAAAAACUUUAUUCUCAACAUGUCGCCAAAUGAAAGUUAUCUUCUUCUUGAUCAUUGUAGCACACAUGGGAAUCAAUUUCUCUCUAAUAAAUGGAUUUCAAGCUAUAUUUAUGGAGAAAGAGUUGGGAAGAACAAAAACCAUCAUUGGUUUAGCUUCAGCAUUGUCAUCAGUAUCUGAAAUUCUAGUAUUUCGUGUUUCAGCAAAGUUAAUAAAAUUAUUUUGCGGUACCUAUCCAAGUUUUAUUAUUGCUACAUUCUCAUAUUGCUUGCGAUUUUUAUCGAUGUCUUUUGUUGAAGAACCCUAUCUGAUGGUACCUAUCCAGCUUUUCCAGUUUUUUGGGUUUGCAAUAUUUUGGGCAGCAGCUGUGGAAUACACAAACAAGAUAAGUCCCAUCAAAAUCUCUGUGACAAUGUUUACUAUUGUCACUAGAGUAUAUUACAGUUUAGGAAACUUUACUGGAAGUAUUGUUGGAGGAGUUAUUUAUGAUAAAUACGGUGGUAGAUGGUUAUCUAGAGCAUCAUCAAUUAAUUGUGGCUUUUUGACUGGUUUAAUUGUUUUGCAUUUCUUUCUGUAUGAAAGAAGAAGGAUACACAGCUCAAUUGAUGUACCCAUGAAUGAAAUCGUAAAAGAAAUUCAUGAUGAAAGUUUGACAAACAAGGGCGAGAACUCUAUUCAACAAAAAUUACGACUGAUGAAAAUUAUGCCUCACAAAAACUUUUGGUCAAAUGUAAAACUUUAUCCAACAAAUAUUAUUUGUGAAAAUUCGAUGAAAUUAAUCACGUUUAGUAUGUUCGUAGAAACUAGCACGCAAAAAUUUAAGUAUUUUCUUUUUCAAUUAAAAUCCACCACAAAAUCGCAAAAAAUAUCGUUCUUUCAAUUUUUCUUUACAAUAAUUUUUAACCAAUACAGCAGAUUUGGAGAAAUUUCAUUUAGUAUUUAGUUUGUAGGAUACAAAAUUUGAGCGUUCUGUUAGUUGAUCAUGUAUUAUUUUAUUUUUUGUUCUUUUCAUUUUUAAUAUAUUUUGAAGUUCGGUACUUUGACAUUACAUUAUUUAACAUGUUAGAUAAUUUUGUCAUUUGUUCUCACAGACACUUUGGCUGUCGACUUUACGAUUGGUCUCAUAACAAAGAAAACAAACUCCGGAGUUAUAGUUUUUUAAGAAACAAAGAGCCGAUGCGACUUAAAAAUCACGCUUUCGAACAAAAUUGUAAGAGAAUUUAUGCAAUACUUUUCGCUGCAGAAAAAAUACCAAUAUCUAAAUUUAAUUUUUGGUGUGCAAACAUGAAAUGUUUGGCCUACAAUAAAACGAAGACCAAAAUCUCAGUUAUUAUUUUCAAAAUGCUUUUUUUGUUUUGACAAAAAAAAACAGUUUUAUUCAGACCAAUUUUUGAUUGGGUGACAUAUGUUAGUACCAUCAGUUGAGCAUGCGUUUUUGUUCACUGCGCAAAAUGUUACAAAAAAAGUAUUGUUAAAUUGUGGACCUAUUUUGGCCUAAAAAUGGCAUUUAGGUGACUAGAACGAAAUUUUAUUGCCACUUUCAUUUUCAUCUUGUAGAAAACGGCAUUUUUUUAUUUUUGACCAAUCUUAAUAACAGAACGAAGGUGACGAAAAAACAAGAUUUUGACGUCACCAUCAUU